CGCGGCCGUGUUCUCCUUCCACGCUACCUGACUCCAUUUCCCAAGAUCCCAUGAACAGUAACGUCAACAACUCACGCUCACCUUCACCCAAUCAUGUUACGCUCCGACGCUCAGACUCACCUGUGUUCUGAGUUAGUUCCGGUUCAUUUCCCUCUAGCUUCCUGUAUUUAAGGCGGCCGCUUGUAAACAAACUCCGCGAGGUAUUGUUAACUCAUGUUACAUACUAAGCGUUUCCCUGUGUAUUGUUUUUGCCUUCUCGUUACGACCCUAUUUUCGGAUUAUCGGUUUAUGUCUUUUGUUUUGCCCUUUCUGGAUUUGAUGUAUGGUUGGACUGUUUCUCGGUUACGAACUCGGACUGUAUUUUUGACUACGUCUUCUGUCAUCGGUGAGAUCUUUGUUUGCCUGGCUAUUCUGUUAGCAGUAUCUGUUAGCUUUACUGCUAAUAAACCUGUUUGUAUUUUUAACUCGGCUCGCGUCACUCCUCACUACCUGGCGUCACAGAAUACCUCGCCUGAAGUGAUGGCCGAGUUUAAUGAUCUCCAGCAGGCAGUCGGGAACCAGGGGAGGGUUCUCGAACAGCAUAGCCAGCUUUUUGAGAGCCUUGCUAACACCGUUACUGCUCUUACUACCCAGCAGUCAGAUCAACACUCUCAGCUAGCUCAGAUAACUGCUAGCCUUCAGGAUAUCGCUACUCAGCUUGCCCAGCUGAGAGUGGCCACUCCAGCUAGCCUAGCCUCUGCUAACCAGGCCCCGGUUAGCUCUCCUGCUAUCGCUCCCUCGACAGCCGCUUUUCCGGUAAGCAAACCUGAUAAAUAUGAUGGUUCUCCAGAUUUAUGCAGAGGCUUUCUCUUGCAGAUGUCACUAUUUUUUGCUAAUUCAGCAGUUAGUGCCGACGCUGCGCGUAUUUCGUUUUUUAUAUCUCGUCUCACCGGCAAGGCUUUGGAUUGGGCUACUGCUAUUUGGCCUAGUAUUGAAAAUAGCCCAUACGAGCAUUUCCUCAGGGAAUUUAAGUUGGUUUUUGAUCACCCGCAUCACGGACAAUCUCAGGGAGAGUUAUUGGUUCAGUUACGUCAAGGAAACCGACCCGUGUCUGAUUUCGCUCUCGAAUUCCGUACUUUGGCUGCUGGUAGUGGUUGGAAUGAACCAGCUCUACGCGUGAUGUUUCGAAAUGGACUCAGGGCUGAUGUUUUGGCCGAAUUAGCUUGCAAGGAUGAUGGGCUGCCUUUGGAUGAACUUAUAUCUUUAGCCAUCAGACUUGAUCAGCUCAAACAGAGCUCAGUACCUGGCCGUAGAGCUGCUGCUACUUCUCCUCGUUUUGCUACGCCACGCGCAUCUGGAUUUACUCCACGGACCACACUCAGGGAUGAGGAACCCAUGCAAGUAGACGCUACCCGUUUGUCAAAAGAAGAAAGAAAGCGACGAUUUCAAGCUGGAUUAUGCUUCUAUUGUGGCAGUGCAGAUCAUGUGUUGCGAGAUUGUCAGCUUUGCCCCUCCCGAGUUCAACGCCAAGAUACUUCAGGCUCGUCCUACGGUGGGCUCUCCCAUGGUUAUCAUGGCAACCCGGACCGUCCAUAUGAGCCAUCUGCUACUAACUCGGGAAAGCGUGUGGAGAGGAUUCCACACGCUAAAGGGGUAAGCCGACUUAGUCCUGAUAUGUUUUCAAGAUCUUUUAUUAUUUCUGUUGUUCUGUUCUGCCAGUCUUCUUCAUUUGUGUUUCCAGCCCUGAUUGAUUCCGGUGCCGAGGGGAACUUUAUACACGAGCAGCUGACCAGACAACUCCAGAUUCCGUUCGAACAAUUGGAAAAUCCUAUGAGACUGUCUGCGGUGGAUGGGACCCCAGUUGGCCGAGGAGCUGUUUCCCACACCACCACACCUGUCAAGCUCAACGUCAGCGCUCUGCACUCAGAAGAGAUCAGGAUAUCAACCACCCAUCAUGCCCUGGUCAGCCGAACCUUCUAAUAUUCCUGCGGUAGACGAUUGGAUGCGUCGGAGCGAGGAAGUGUGGGAGGAGACUCACAGACGCAUUGAGGCUGUUUUACAACGGCAGAAACAACAGGCUGAUCGCCUACGCCGUGAGACCCCCCUUUACUCUCCUGGUGAUCGGGUUUGGCUAUCUACCAGGGAUUUCCGGCAACCAGAUGCUAAUAAGAAACUUUCAGUUAAGUAUAUUGGCCCUUUCAAAGUCAUUAAGAGAAUUAAUGAAGUUACCUACCGUCUCGAUCUACCCUCUCACUACCGUGUAUGCCCUUCUUUUCAUGUGUCUUUAUUAAAGCCGGUUAUCCCUGGUCCGUUGGAUGAGACAUCGCUUGGGGCGUCUCCUCCUCCUCCGGUGGCUAUGGACGGUGGCCCGGUUUAUGCGGUAGAACGACUUUUGGACUCCAGGAGGAGAAGGGGAGCCCUGGAGUAUCUGGUGGACUGGAAGGGCUACGGACCUGAGGAAAGAAGUUGGGUUCCGGCAACUGAUGUCCUGGAUCCUUUAAUGGUGGAUGACUUUCACCGGUCUCAUCCAUCCCGUCCUGCACCACGCCCCAGAGGUCGCCCUAGGAGAAGGUCUCCAGGUCCAAGAAGGGGUAGACGCGGUGGUUCUGUCUCUGUCCGGUCCCUCAGUUCGGUCCGCAGUCCCAGGAGGGGUCGUCCCAGGUCCAGGGCUUCCAUCCAUUCCGUUCCCGUUUCUGGGCCACCUGUUCAGGACUCCGCUGAGGUUGGGGGGGCUGUCUCCUUGUGUCGUCCUCAUCCUUCGGAUUAUUCGGACUCUUUGGAGGGGGGUACUGUCACGCGGCCGUGUUCUCCUUCCACGCUACCUGACUCCAUUUCCCAAGAUCCCAUGAACAGUAACGUCAACAACUCACGCUCACCUUCACCCAAUCAUGUUACGCUCCGACGCUCAGACUCACCUGUGUUCUGAGUUAGUUCCGGUUCAUUUCCCUCUAGCUUCCUGUAUUUAAGGCGGCCGCUUGUAAACAAACUCCGCGAGGUAUUGUUAACUCAUGUUACAUACUAAGCGUUUCCCUGUGUAUUGUUUUUGCCUUCUCGUUACGACCCUAUUUUCGGAUUAUCGGUUUAUGUCUUUUGUUUUGCCCUUUCUGGAUUUGAUGUAUGGUUGGACUGUUUCUCGGUUACGAACUCGGACUGUAUUUUUGACUACGUCUUCUGUCAUCGGUGAGAUCUUUGUUUGCCUGGCUAUUCUGUUAGCAGUAUCUGUUAGCUUUACUGCUAAUAAACCUGUUUGUAUUUUUAACUCGGCUCGCGUCACUCCUCACUACCUGGCG